CAAAGGCCGCCGCAUAGCCCCGGAACCGCGCCCGCCGGCCAAGAUGAUGUGCGAGGUGAUGCCGACCAUUAGUGAAGCAGAAGGCCCCCCAGGAGGAGGUGGGAGCCAUGGGUCAGGCUCCCCUUCACAGCCAGACACUGAUUCGCAUUUUGAGCAGCUCAUGGUUUCCAUGCUGGAAGAACGAGACCGCCUUCUGGAUACACUGAGGGAGACACAAGAAACACUGGCGUUAACCCAGGGGAAAUUGCAUGAAGUUGGUCAUGAAAGAGAUUCUUUGCAGAGGCAGCUCAACACUGCACUUCCACAGGAGUUUGCUGCGCUCACGAAGGAACUCAAUGUGUGUAGGGAGCAGCUUCUGGAGAGAGAGGAGGAAAUCGCCGAGCUGAAGGCAGAGAGGAACAACACUAGGCUGCUUCUGGAGCAUCUGGAGUGCCUCGUCUCCAGGCACGAGCGCUCCCUACGGAUGACAGUGGUGAAGAGGCAAGCACAGUCGCCUGCAGGCGUGUCCAGUGAGGUGGAGGUGCUGAAAGCCCUGAAGUCACUGUUUGAGCACCACAAAGCCUUGGAUGAGAAGGUACGGGAGCGACUUCGAGUGGCUCUGGAGAGGUGUAGCUUGUUAGAAGAGGAGCUGGGUGCCACCCACAAAGAGCUAAUGAUUCUUAAAGAACAGAAUAAUCAGAAGAAAACACUGACAGAUGGAAUGCUUGACGGGAACCAUGAACAGGAAAGCGCACCAAGCACCAACGGCAAGAGAUCUUCUGAUGGCUCCUUGAGUCAUGAGGAUCUUGCCAAAGUGCUGGAGCUGCAGGAAGUCAUAGACAGGCAGGCGAGAGAGCAGAGCCAGAUGAAGGAGCGCCUGGCCUCUCUGUCCAGUCAUGCAGCAGAGCUGGAAGAGGAUCUGGACACAGCUCGAAAAGACCUCAUCAAGUCUGAAGAGAUGAAUACGAAACUGCAGCGAGAAGUCCGUGAAGCAAUGGCCCAGAAGGAGGAUAUGGAGGAGAGAAUCACCACCCUUGAGAAACGCUACCUCGCUGCACAGCGUGAAGCCACGUCUGUGCAUGACCUCAAUGACAAACUUGAAAAUGAAAUUGCAAAUAAAGACUCCAUGCACCGACAGACAGAGGACAAGAACCGUCAGUUGCAAGAGCGUCUGGAGUUGGCAGAGCAGAAGCUGCAGCAGACCCUGCGCAAAGCUGAGACGCUGCCGGAGGUGGAGGCCGAGCUAGCCCAGAGGGUGGCUGCACUCUCCAAGGCUGAGGAGAGACAUGGCAACAUUGAAGAGAGGCUGCGGCAGAUGGAGGCACAGCUGGAGGAGAAAAAUCAGGAGCUGCAGCGGGCAAGGCAGAGAGAAAAGAUGAACGAGGAACAUAAUAAGCGCCUGUCUGACACUGUGGACAAGCUGCUCUCAGAAUCCAAUGAGAGGCUGCAGCUGCAUCUGAAGGAGAGAAUGGCGGCGCUGGAGGACAAGAAUUCUCUACUAAGGGAAGUUGAAAAUGCAAAGAAGCAACUAGAAGAGACCCAGCAUGAUAAGGACCAACUUGUCCUGAAUAUUGAAGCCCUGAAGGCUGAGCUGGAGCAGAUGAGACUGAGAGGUCCUUCACUUCUUCAUGGCCGACCACAUUUGGGCAGCGUCCCGGACUUCAGGUUCUCUGUGGCAGACGGGCAUGUGGAUGCUUACAGCACCAGUGCAGUGUUGCGGCGCCCCCAGAAGGGCCGGCUGGCAGCGCUGCGGGACGAGCCCUCCAAGGUGCAGACCCUCAAUGAACAGGACUGGGAACGGGCCCAACAAGCCAGCGUCUUGGCAAAUGUGGCACAGGCAUUUGAGAGUGAUGUCGAUGUGUCUGAUGGUGAAGAUGACCGAGAUACUCUGCUCAGCUCAGUUGAUUUGCUGUCACCCAGUGGGCAGGCUGAUGCCCAGACACUGGCCAUGAUGCUUCAGGAACAACUGGAUGCUAUCAACAAAGAGAUCAGGUUGAUACAAGAAGAGAAGGAGAAUACAGAGCAGCGGGCAGAGGAGAUCGAGAGCAGAGUGGGCAGUGGAAGCUUGGACAAUCUUGGUCGUUUUAGAUCAAUGAGCUCCAUCCCCCCCUACCCUGCUUCCUCUCUUGCUGGCUCCUCUCCUCCAGGCAGUGGUCGGUCCACACCAAGAAGGGUCCCUCACAGUCCUGCCCGGGAGGUAGACAGGCUGGGUGUCAUGACUCUGUUGCCAGCUUCCAGAGACGAGGUACGAGACGACAAGACAACGAUAAAAUGUGAAACCUCCCCCCCCUCCUCCCCAAGGCCCCUGCGCUUAGACAGGAUGCACAAGGGCGCGCUGCACACCGUCAGCCAUGAGGACAUCAGGGACUUGAGGAAUUCUACAGGCUCUCAGGAUGGCCCCGUGAGCAACCCUAGCAGCAGUAACAGUAGCCAGGAUUCCCUCCACAAAGCCCCAAAGAAGAAGGGCAUCAAAUCCUCCAUUGGCCGCUUGUUUGGGAAGAAGGAAAAGGGCCGGCCUGGUCCACUGGGCAAGGAGUCACCAGGGCAAGCUGGUGUUUCAGAGACAGAAAAUUCAUCUCAAGAUGCCUUGGGACUCAGCAAACUGGGAGGACAAGCUGAGAAAAAUCGUAAACUUCAGAAAAAGCAUGAGCUGCUGGAGGAGGCCCGCAGGCAAGGCUUGCCUUUCGCACAGUGGGAUGGGCCCACAGUGGUGGUGUGGCUGGAGCUCUGGGUUGGGAUGCCUGCCUGGUAUGUGGCUGCUUGCCGAGCAAAUGUCAAGAGUGGUGCCAUCAUGUCAGCCCUGUCAGACACUGAGAUCCAACGGGAGAUUGGCAUCAGCAACCCCCUGCACAGACUGAAGCUGCGGCUGGCCAUCCAAGAGAUAAUGUCACUGACUAGCCCUUCUGCCCCACCCACAUCCAGGACGACCACAGGAAAUGUCUGGUUGACACAUGAAGAGAUGGAAACGCUCACAGCCACACCACAAACGACGCUAGCAUAUGGGGACAUGAACCAUGAGUGGAUCGGUAACGAGUGGCUGCCCAGCCUGGGCCUGCCGCAGUACCGCAGCUACUUCAUGGAGUGCCUUGUGGAUGCCCGGAUGCUGGACCACCUGACUAAGAAAGACCUUCGAGGGCAGCUGAAGAUGGUAGACAGCUUCCACAGAAACAGUUUCCAGUGUGGAAUUAUGUGCCUGAGAAGGUUGAAUUAUGACCGAAAAGAACUGGAAAGAAAAAGAGAAGAAAGUCAGAAUGAGACAAGAGAUGUGCUUGUGUGGAGCAAUGACCGGGUGAUUCGCUGGAUCCUGUCGAUUGGCCUUAAAGAGUAUGCCAACAACCUAAUAGAGAGUGGUGUCCAUGGAGCACUUCUGGCCUUGGACGAGACUUUCGAUUUCAGUGCCCUGGCACUCUUGUUACAGAUUCCAACACAGAAUACGCAGGCUCGAGCUGUCUUGGAAAGAGAAUUCAACAACCUUUUGGUCACAGGAACUGAUCGGAGGUUUGAUGAGGAUGAUGACAAAAGCUUCAGGAGGGCACCUUCCUGGAGGAAGAAGUUCAGACCAAAGGACAUCCGUGGCUUAGCCUCUGGCUCUGCAGAGACGUUGCCUGCCAACUUCCGAGUCACCUCCUCUAUGUCAUCUCCCUCUAUGCAGCCAAAGAAGGUUCAGAUGGAUGGUAGUGUGUCCGGAUCACAGAGGUUGGACUCUGCCACAGUCAGGACUUACUCCUGCUAGAGCCUCCUGCUGUUUACCCACACUACUUCUACAGAUGAUGCCGCUGAGGCACGGACGGUGCAGAGUUCAUGGAGCCCCAUCUGGCAACUCUUGCUAUGUGGACCCAAGAUAUUUUAUUACAGAGUUUUUAAACUAGUGAAGAAAAAAAUCAUAAAUACCAUAGAGAACCUAUUUUAGAAUUGACUGUUUCUUAUAUUUAUGUAAACUUAUACUUCCUCAUUUAUAUAGCUACUUACUCUUUCAUGUAUAUCCAAGCUAUAAAUAUCCUUUGAGUCAAUUCAUGUUCUUAUACCUAAUUUUAGUCUUUUAAAUGAAUGUACUGUAAUGCUUGUGUAUAAAUCUGAGCAAAUAUAGGGCUUUUGUAAAUUAUGCAUUUACUGUAAUUAUUCCUGCUUAAUUUUUUAAUGAUGAACCCGACAGAGGAAAGGAUUUUGCUACGUUUAUAAAGUCAUCAUGAUACAAGCCAUGUGCGUUCUCCUCUACCCAGCUCUGCAACAAUCAUUCUGAAAGAAGCAGACUUUAUUUUCUGGUGUUUUCUGUCAUAUUUUAAUGACUUACCUUAACCGUACUUUUUCUAGACAAAAUCUUAGCUUCCAUUAGGCUUGAGACUGAUGGUCAGGAUUCUGUGGACAGCCCUUAUCCUGACCACAUCCCUGGCCCUGCUCUGGACAUGGGUGGAUUGUCUCCAAAGGCUGAGCAGAGCAGUGAGCUGGGAGCAGCACUCUACAGGGGCAGGGUGGCCUCACCUGCAGACUGAGCAGCUGAUGGAGCCUUGCAGCCACCUCCCUCCCUCCACACUCUUCAAGGACCAAUCAUGGGGCAGGUGCUCAUUUCCUGACUGGGGCAGAACAACAGGUGAAAGCAAGAGACCUCAGCGGAGCGGGCAGCCUGCAACUCCAAUAAAGGCCUUAUUUCUCUUGUGUCAACUGUCUUACAUUUAUUUGUAACUGUUGUAAGAGUGGACCUGGUUCUCCACUCCGCUGUCUUGGCAGCCUUCUGACUGACUUCAGUGAACUAAGAAGCCACAGGGCUCAGGCACACUUGUGCAUAUUUAUUGUUUAGCUGAUGUGGGAGAGGCUUUUAUAUUUGCUUUCUGCUUUUAAUUCAUCUGGACAAUUGGUUGUUCUGUUUUUCUGUUAAUCGUUUGUGACCCUCUGGAUUAUAUAACAAAGUCUGUGCAGUCAACUUCUGAA